CGCAAUCUUGGUCCCAGUCAUUGUCAUCUUCUUCUUCCUCCUCUUCCUCCGCGCUCUCCCGUCUAAUAAAGAACAAGAAACUCUUCACUCCCCCCACAGAACUCCUCAGUGCAGAAGGGAUGGAGUCGUGAGCUUCCUCGUUUGUCCUCUCUCCCGCACGCACGUCUUCCUUUAAAACCCUCCGCUCUCUCUCUCUCUCUCUUUCUCUCUCUGCACUGCAACAUUCUUCUUCUCCUUCCCGACGCAGAUUCUCAUUCUGGACCCUUCACUGAAUCUUGAUUCUUUUCCCAAAUCUCCUAUCUACAUUUCAAGAUCCGCCUGAUCGACAUAAACCCUUUUCGUGGAUUUUGCAGCUUUGCUCAGCUUUCGCGCAAAUUCGCAUCUUUACCUUUCGUCCAUCUCGUGGGUCGAGCUUGAACUACGGAAAGGUUCUCCCUUUCCGUUGCCCAUUAGGGAAUUAAGCUUCUUUUAGUUUGGAGAAGUGAAUCUUGGUAAGUGUUUGCUCGAGGAUGGGAGUCUCUGACAUCACGAAACUGGAUGACGCCGAAGCCGUUGCGUUGACAGGCAAGAUCAUGUUGAUUGCGGUGAUACUUCUCUUCAUAGUAGUCCUCUUUGUUUUGCUUCUCCAUUUAUACGCCAAAUGGUUCUGGGGGCGCAUCGAGGAGGCCUCCUCGGCCGCCGCCGCCCCUCCCCCGCGCCGCCGCCGCAGCCGGCGGUUCGUCUUCGCCCCCGGCCAGGAUCCCACGGUGGCUGUCCGGACCGGGCUCGAUCCGAAGGUCCUGCUCUCUCUGCCGGUGGUGGUGUUCAAUCCCCAGGAGUUCAAGGAGGGUCUUGAAUGUGCUGUUUGCCUCUCUGAGCUGGUUCAGGGAGAGAAAGCCAGGAUCUUGACCAAAUGCAAUCAUGGGUUUCAUGUGGAUUGCAUUGACAUGUGGUUCCAAUCACAUUCCACUUGCCCUCUUUGUAGGAAAUGGGUUGGUCACGGUUCAGAUUGUUCGAAGACCAUUGAUAUUGACGAUGAUUUGGAAGAAGAAAAUGGUGACAGUCAAACCGCGGAAGAGAAUUUAUCUGGUGGCAUGCACCCCACCGAAUCACCAAACUUUCCUACAAAUGUGUUGUUUUGGGGGAAUGAAAUGCAGGUUAGCUCUGGGAGCGCUUGUUUAGAAGAAGGCGGUUCUUCUUCUUCUUCAGCUACUUCUCAGUCGUCGUCAUCUUCUGCUGCACUUGCUAUUGCUAGGCCUGCGAUGGUCGUUAUUGACAUGCCAAGGCAGAUGAGUGAGAAUCCCUUGGCUUCUUCGUCUUCAGCGAACCGGGUUACUGAGGAUGAUCUGAAGUCCCCAGUUCCUACAAGACUGAGGUCAUUGAAGAGGCUUUUGACUAGGGAGCGAAGAGUUGCUCCUUGCAAUGCAAAUUCUCUUGAUGUUGAAUAGGGAGAGGAUUGUCUUCGCGAUACAGUCACCAUGAUGUGCACCAGCUGUUUCAAUCAUAGCUAAAAACUUCAGCUGUUCUAGAGAUAUCUCCCGUUCUUCCAUUGUCCAAACAACUGUUUGUUUGAUGGAGAUGAAGAUGGAGAAAGUGGUGAUAGGUAGUAUUCACUUAAUUGCUUGGCAGGAUUUUGAGGACUGAAUUGGAUAUCCGGAAACCAGAAUUAUGUUUCAUACACAACGUUUGUUCUUGCAAUGUUGUUCUGAGUCAAGUGCUCCAACUUUUUUUUAGGAUGACAGAGAGAGAGAGAGAGAGAGAGAGAGAGAGAGUACAGUAAGAAGAAAGUUUUUGCUUCUCUGUCUCAGAGGGUGGAAAAUCCUUCUAGUUACAGAAGAUGUAGUUUGUAAUUUUUACUCUUGUAAAUGUAUUGAUUAAAUUUGCAUUUCCUGAACGGUUAAUCACGAAGGUCAGUUCUCGUCCA